AUGGACCUGAGCCAUAGACUUGGGCCGGCGGCUGCCUCUGGAUCUGCAGGCGCGCUUAUCCUGGCUGCUCUCCAACAGGCAUUCAGAUCUCCGGAUUUGCCUGACUUUCGCUGCCCGGAUUUGCCUCCGGAUUUAAAUCUUCGCCUGCUGGGUUUGCAUUUGGACCUCCUCUCCCUCGAGGACGUUCAGGCUCAGCUUGAUUCACUUUGCCGGCGCAUUCGUGUGCUGGAAAUCGAGGCUGGCCUAGUUGCUGCCCCUGAGGCCGAGGAGGCCGCCUCUUCGAGUGCCCUAGGGUACUCUGUCGUUUCGGCUGGAGGCCCAGCCGAGGAGCGCCAGAACGACGGCGUUCUGGGUUGGGAGCGGCGUUUGGAGAUCGCUCGUGAUACUGGUAAUUUCUUCCGUCGCUGCCUGGAGGGCAGGGAUCGUCGAGGAGCGGGCCAGACCAAGAUUGGCUUACCUAAGCGAGUGUACGUAUUGGUCCGGGACAGCGCCGGGCACACCUUCCAGGACCCCGUCAGGGUCUUCUUUCGCUUCAGUGACAUCUACCCUCUUGUCCAACAUCAAGGUGGGUACGGCGACUCCAUUUUUGCCGGGUUCGCCUCGCAGCGCGAGGCCAAGGAUGGCGCUGCAGAUGCUCUGGCAGAAGCUCCCCCUCCGGGAGAGGUUGGCGAGGAGGAUGCAUUGCUGGAUGGCAGCGCUUUGUCCCCGCGAGAUUGGUGUUUGGUGGGACCCGAUGGCACAAACCUCGAGCUGGAGCAGACCUUCCUCGUCUUGGAGUUGCCGAGUGGGGCGGGGGAGGCAGCCAAGCUUGUUUCCGUAAUUCCUAUAGUGGUGGUUGGGAACAGGCUUCUCGCAGCACUCCCUUCUUCCGUUUGGCAUCGCUCGCCCAGCCGACGUCUGUUGCCGCCUGGUGCCUUGGUAAAGCCCGUGUUAGCCGUGGUAGCUGGGCAGCCUGGGGAAUCGCAGGAGGUUGCCGAGCUCAAGGUGUGGGUCGCUUUCCUUUCUUCUGGGGUCGAGGUUUUGAUUCGAGAGCAGGCCGAGGAGGAGAGCAUUCCGCACGACUUCGAGGAUGCCCAUGGUCAGCCUGUUCGACCUCUUCCCGAUGCUCUCGUUUCCCUCGGAGACGAGCACUUCUCUUUUCUUACCGCCGAGUCUGCUGCUCCUCCGGCUGCUCGUCCUGCCGAAGGCGGGGCCUUCGAACGACGGGUCACGGCACUGGAAGGCUCCCUGACCGAGAUCAAAGAGUGCCUGGCCACUUUGGUUGCGGGGCAGAAGGCGGCAAAGGAGAAAGGGCCAGGCCGGGCAAGCGCCGAACAAAGGGCAGAAGCAAAGCCAGCAAAGGUGCAGAAACCGGCUCCGAGUACAGGCCCACCGGGAGCAGGCAUCGGGAACUUAGACCGGCAGGCCGUGAAUGCGGCCCGUGCCGCCGGGAUCUCCGAGGAACACCUGCAGCAGAUGGCCAAGGCGGUGAUGGAGCUGACCAAGAUCGCCAAGAGCCUCGCUGGAAAGAAGAAGGAGCCUGCCGCCGACUUCGAGAGUCUGUUGUCAGGCGGGCUUGGGGACAGGGCCGAGUCCAGUGCCGGAUCAUCCCGAAGGAAUUCCGCGGCUUUGCUUGCUCUUCGGAAACUUCUCCGGGAGCGACCGGCGGUCAUCUACGAGGCCAUGGAGCGAAAUCUCAGAGAAGAUUUUGGAUUGCAGGAAGGGGUGCCCGGGGCGCCCGAAGGCCGAGCCACAGCGAGGGCUUGGUUGCAGGCGAGAUCCCGAGUUCAGAAUUACACGAACCAUGUGAGAUGGAUGUGGCAACUGGCCGGGAUCUGGGAUUGCUUAAUGCAGCAACGGACCGAGGAAGCGCGAGCCCGUGUGGCCCUUUUGAUGGGGGCGGGCGAGCAGAGCUCCAUAGAUGCCGGCAAUUGGCUGGUGUCUACAGUCAGCCUGUUGGAGGGACCUCCUCCUUACCAGCAGUUCGCGCAUCACUCGGCUCCGGCCGCCCACGAGCUGCAGCAUUCGGCCCUCUACGAUCCCCGGUGGUUCGAGCUGUUUCUGUGGCAGCUGAAGGAACAAGAAUCCUUCCAAGAAGCCCGCCGCAAGCUCGGGCAGCGUCGCCCCGGGACGCCCGGAGACGGCCGGAAAGACGAAUCCGAGAAGGGCGACAAGGCUCAGAAGGCCGGCGCGAAGGGCAAAGCCAAAGCAAAAGCCACCAGUGCCGCCGACGAGUAG